AUGCCGUCCGUUGAAACUCCCGUCAAGGUGGACAGCGCUUUUGCGAAAAUUGCCGAUGCAGACAUUGAGACGCUCAUCAAACAACUGACACAAGAUGAAAAGGUCGCUCUAUUGACUGGCGAGGACUUUUGGCACACCGUUCCUAUCCCGCGACUAGGGAUUCCCUCGAUUCGAGUAUCCGAUGGACCCAAUGGAGUGCGCGGGACUCGCUUCUUCAGUAGCAUCCCAGCAGCAUGUCUGCCAUGCGGCACAGCGAUUGGAGCCACAUUUGAUCGAGAUCUCGCCGUAAACAUCGGUCAUGUGCUUGCCGCAGAGGCAAAAGCGAAAGGCGCACACGUUAUACUAGGUCCAACCAUCAACAUCCCCCGGGGUCCAUUGGGAGGUCGUGGAUUUGAAUCGUAUUCUGAAGAUCCGAUCCUGUCGGGUAUUCUUGCUGGUCAUUACUGCAAAGGUCUGAAGGAGAAGAAUAUCAGUGCCACACUGAAGCAUUUCGUUUGCAAUGAUCAGGAGCAUGAGCGCAUGGCGGUCAAUUCGAUCGUCACCGAUCGAGCAAUGAGAGAGAUAUAUUUGUUGCCAUUCCAGAUUGCUAUCGCGUUAGGAGAGCCUGAUGCUAUCAUGACGGCGUACAACAAAGUGAACGGGGUACAUGCAGCCGAGAGCUCGUUCUUGUUACAAGAUAUCCUUCGUGGUGAAUGGGGCUGGGAUGGGCUGGUCAUGAGUGACUGGUUUGGAACAUACAGUACGUCCGAGGCCGUGAAUGCAGGCCUCGAUCUCGAGAUGCCCGGUCCCCCAAGAUGGCGUGGUUCUGCUUUGACGCACGCGAUAAAUUCAAACAAAGUCCCUCUCGCAACAUUAAAUGAGCGAGUGCGAGCCGUUUUGAAGCUAGUCCAGAAAGCUAGCAAAUCGGGUGUCCCCGAGGGAGCACCUGAGACACAACUGAACCGGGAGGAAGACCGGAGGCUGCUAAGGAAGAUCGCAUCGGAGGCGAUUGUACUGCUGAAGAACGAAGAUGAGGUCCUUCCGUUGAACAAGAGCAAAAAGGUCGCAAUCAUUGGCCCCAACUCCAAGAUUGCCACCUACUGCGGAGGUGGUAGUGCGGCAUUGAAUCCCUAUUAUACCGUUACUCCAUUCGAAGGUAUCUCAAAUUCUGCCUUGGGGGAAGUUGAAUUCGCACAGGGAGUGUAUGGACACCAGAUGCUGCCAUUGCUCGGCAAGCGCCUGCAUACCGAUGCAGGUGACGCAGGAUUCACAUUAAAAACAUUCAAUGAUCCGCCUGCGAUGUCGAACAGGAGACCACUUGAGACACGACAUGAAACUGAUUCGAUGAUUAUCUUCAUGGACUAUAAUCACCCAGAGUUGGAGAAAAUUUGGUACGCCGAUGCAGAGGGCUACUUCGUACCCGAAGAAUCAGGACUCUAUGACUUUGGUCUCACUGUCCACGGAACCGGAAAGCUCUACGUUGACGACAAGCUUCUUAUCAACAACGCAGAUGUUCAGACAGCAGGAACAAGCUUCUUCGGCAGCGGUACCAUUGAAGAGACAGAACCUCUACAACUUGAGGCUGGCAAAACGUACAAAAUUCAUGCUCAAUGGGGCUGUGGCAAGACUAGCACAUUCCGAGUACCCGGCGUGGUAGACUUCGGGCACGGAGGGUUCCGGUUUGGUGCCUGCAAGCGACUCUCACCACAGGAGGGCAUUGCAGAGGCCGUACGAGUGGCUUCAAAUGUGGACCAAGUAGUCCUAGUGGAUGGACUAAGUGCCGAAUGGGAGUCAGAGGGUGAAGACAGGUCAAAUAUGAGCCUGCCUCCCCAUACGGAUGAGCUGAUCUCGCAAGUCCUGGAUGCGAACCCAAACACUGCUAUUGUCAUUCAAAGCGGAACCCCAGUGGAGAUGCCUUGGAUCCAUAAAGCCAAGGCUGUGUUGCAUGCGUGGUACGGAGGCAAUGAGACGGGCAAUGGUAUUGCUGAUGUUCUCUUCGGAGAUGUGAAUCCCUCCGGCAAGCUUCCCCUCACAUUCCCUCGGCACCUGAAAGAUAAUCCCACGUAUUUCAACUACCGCUCUGAGGGUGGGAGAGUCCUGUAUGGCGAAGAUGUAUACGUGGGAUACCGAUAUUAUGAUGGAUUGGAUAUGGAGACACUUUUCCCGUUCGGACACGGCCUUUCAUAUACCAAGUUCAAGCUUUCAGAUCUGAACUUGAUCAGAACUUCUGAAAACGUUCUCCAAAUUCAGUGUAAGCUUCGGAACGUUGGUCAUACGGCUGGUGCAGAAGUGGUUCAAGUAUAUGUCGCCCCAGUAUCUCCUCCGAUCAGGCGACCAGUGAAAGAGUUGAAGGAGUUCCGCAAGUGUUGGCUUGCAAAUUCCACCGAAGAAGUUGUGACAAUUCCACUCGACUUAGUUCGUGCCACUAGCUUCUGGGAUGAGAAGAGCGGGAGCUGGUGCAGUCACGGUGGCGCUUAUAAAAUCAUGGUUGGAACAAGCAGCCGUGGAACCUUUUUGGAGGAAAUUUUGGAGCUGGAGGAAACAGUGUUCUGGUCUGGCAGCUGGGAGGUGCCCACUUGA